ACAAAAUAUUUUCUGUAAAUGUGAAUUUGUACAAUGUACGGUACCACUUGAUUUAUUAUCAUAGAACCUUCUAUUCUGCAAAACAAUCACUAAAUCUGCUAGCUGAAGAAUAAAUUGAGAAAAACAAACAUAUAAACUACGAAAAAAAUGUUUCUUAUUAAAAUUUUACUUUUUACUGCAUUUUGUGUUGUUAACACAAAUGCACUACUCGACAAAGGCUUAAACAACACAUGCUUUGAAAUUAUAGAGGAUCCUAAUUAUGUCUUUUAUGAUUUAGACGUUAUUGAAUGCAAUUUUGUGACGAUAUCACAAAUAAAACUGACGGAUAGUGGACUAUCAUUUCGUUUAAAACAUCCUAACAGUCGAACUCCUGAUUAUGUCAGGUUGAAUAAAACCGAACAGAAGUUAUUUAAUGGCAAUACAAAGAUACAUUUUGCCAGAAGAAUAAAGUAUAAUUGGGAAAUUGGACACACAAAGACAUUAGGACAGUAUUUGCCCGGAUUCGAUAAUGUUACUUUUUAUCAUAAUUACGACCGACGAGCUGCGAUAAUGCUUUAUCGGAAAGGUUCAUCUUAUAUUGUGGAAGGAAAUAUUGGAGGUCGCAUACUUCGACACAACAGCGGUAAUGAUUUGGAUGAUGAUAACUCCAAAUACGUUUUAGCUCUUAUUGCUAAAGAAAAAGAAAUGAAUAGAGAAUUUGAUUACGAUACUCAUAGACAAGAAUAUUAUAACUUGCAAGCCGAAAACUUAGAACGUAUGCAUAUAAAAUUAUUACCUAUAAUAGAUGGCCGAAUCCUCAACUAUGGAAUUAUCGAUACCCGUACUCUAUUGAGACCCAUCCUGUCGUAUUACAAUUAUAUUGACAUGUUGUUUGGAGUUUUUUCUUCACCAAUCAUAUCGUUCAAUAUCUCAGGGAUUAUUAUUCCAGAAACUGAGGCAUUUAUGCCAUUUAUCGACUCCAAAGACGCAGUUUCAUCAACCAUUUAUUUGAUCGACAUUCUCAGUGGAUUAAAUAGAUUUAUGGUCCGUAAAAAAACUUAUUUCGAAUUAAAUUCUUACGAUAUUGUUAUAUUAAUGGCAGGACGAAGACUAUACAAGGAUCUAAGUGAGUCACAUGGAACAGUCGCUUCAAAGAACUUUUAUAAACGUACAAUUUGUGAUGCCACCGAAAAUCCAUCGGUCAUUUUUUCAUUGUAUUCGGACUAUCUUCAUGAUUAUUUAAUUUGGUUUUUAAUAUCCAAGUUUAUGACAUCUGCACGCAUCAAGCACGAAUUGAAACACUGUGAGGGGUUUGGCGAUACUUUUAUCAGAAUGACCAGCAGGAGACGCACUUACGUACCUUGGAUGGAUCAUUGUAUUGCAUCUAUGAUGUCUCAUUACUUCAAGAAUCAUGACUGUUCUUCCUUCAACAAUAACGAAUUUUAAAGCUCCAAGGAUCACUGCGAAAAAUCGUUCGCUGAAUAAAUUAAUAUAAUAAUUAUCUCUUACAUAUUAUCAGUUACUGUAACUAUAACUUUAAUCAUACAUGCUGUGUAUUACACUUGAAGUUACAUAUUUUUAAUUUUAUUAAUUUUCUUCAUUUUCAACUUAUGUCAAUUAUAAUUAGAGCCAAAUUA